AGAAGAAGAAAAAGAAGAAAAAGAAAAAGAAGAAGAAGCCUCUGCUUUCUGCCUUGCGCAGAGACAGCGGCAGCUCAGCGAGUCCCUGAUUGCGCACUGAAAAAGCGGAUUUCCACUGAGGAGCAUCAUCUUCAUCAACAUCGGUUACACGUCGUCGCCUUGUCUCCAGCCUCCAUCCAGCCUGACAGCACCCAACAGGGCGAUUGAUGACUAAUUUUCCUCUGAGAUAGAAUCCAGUGUUGCGCACCAUGGCCAACAUGUUGGCGACCGGAUUGCUUUUCUUGGGGUUGCUGCACACUUUGGAGUCAAGCCUUCCGCCGAGACCCAUUGAUGAUCCUCAGUGCAGUUGAUUUUGUGUCAACUGGAGGCGACCACAUGUUCUCCUACCUGCCUGGUCGAUUAGACGAAGGACAUUCAGCCACUGAACAUGCCACAAAGACCUGCAAUCCGAGGCAGUUUGUGUGCAAAGACGGUACGUGCAUCUCCAACGGGUGGCGCUGUGACAGAGAGAAGGACUGUCCCGAUGGUUCUGACGAGGAACCCGAUGUUUGUCCACACAGUACCCUGUCAAAGUGCCCUCCUAACGAAUACCACUGUGGAGGAACGGAACUCUGCAUCCACAUGAGCAAACUGUGCAACGGGGUCCCAGACUGUACGGACGGCUGGGAUGAAGGACCGCACUGCAGAGAACUCCUGUCCAACUGCUCGCACAUGGCUUGUCAGGAAAGCUGCGCAGUGACACCAGGAGGCGCCGUGUGCUACUGUAAGAGCGGCUAUGAGAUCGGUCCGGAUGGAACAAAGUGUAAAGACUUCAAUGAGUGCACCGUGUACGGCACCUGCAGUCAGACCUGUACGAACACCGACGGCUCCUACUCCUGUUCCUGCGUGGAGGGUUACCUGCCUCAGCCUGACAACCGCUCCUGCAAGGCCAAGAACGUACCGGUCGACCGUCUGCCCAUCCUGUUGAUCGCCAACUCCCAGAACAUCCAGGCCACCUCCCUGAGCGGCACCACCAUCCACAGCCUGCUGUCCACCAGCACCAAACAAACCACGGCCAUGGAUUUCAUCUACGCCGAGGAGACCGUCUGCUGGAUCCACGUGGGAGACACCCCGUCGUCCACGCACCUGAAAUGUGCCAAGAUUCCCAAUCUGAAGGGCUUCACCGAGGAGAGGAUCAUCAACAUCUCCGUCAGCCUGCACCAUGUCGAGCAGAUGGCCAUCGACUGGCUGACCGGAAACUUCUACUUCGUGGAUGACGUGGACGACAGAAUCUUCGUGUGCGACAAGAACGGGCAGACGUGUGUCACCCUCCUGGACCUGGAGCUGUACAACCCCAAGGGCAUCGCCCUGGACCCCACCAUGGGGAAGGUGUUCUUCACAGACUACGGUCCGAUCCCUACGGUGGAGCGCUGCGACAUGGACGGUCAGAACCGGACUAAGCUCGUGGACAGUAAGAUCGUCUUCCCUCACGGCAUCACACUGGACCUGGUCAGCAGGCUGGUGUACUGGACAGACCCUUAUCUGGACUACAUUGAGGUCGUGGACUAUGAGGGCAACAACCGACACACCAUCAUCAGUGGUCCGCUGAUCGAACACCUGUACGGACUGACCGUGUUUGAAAACUACCUGUACGCCACCAAUUCCGAAAAUGCCAACAUGCAGCCUAAGACCAACGUGAUCAAAAUCAACCGCUUCAACAACUCCGACUACCAAGUGGUGACCAGGGUGGACAAGGGAGGAGCGCUGCACGUCUACCACCAGAGGCGCCAGCCUCCAGUGCGCAGUCACGCGUGUGAGGUGGACCAGUUUGGAAAGGCCGGCGGCUGCUCCGACAUCUGCCUCCUGGGAAACGGUCACAAGACCAGAACCUGCCGCUGUCGCUCUGGAUUCAGCCUGGGCAGCGACGGCAAGUCCUGCAAAAAACCAGAACACGAACUCUUCCUGGUGUACGGCAAAGGUCGCCCAGGGGUCAUCAGGGGCAUGGACAUGAACGCCAAAGUGCCAGACGAGUACAUGAUCCCCAUAGAAAACCUGAUGAAUCCCAGAGCGCUGGACUUUCACGCCGGCAGCGAGUUCAUCUACUUUGCGGACGCCACCAGUUACAUCAUCGGACGACAGAAGAUCGAUGGAACGGAGAGAGAUAUCAUUCUGAAGGAAGGAAUCCACACAGUUGAAGGUAUAGCCGUGGACUGGAUGGCUGAUAACUUGUACUGGACCGAUGACGGCCCCAAAAAAACCAUCAGUGUGGCUCGGCUGGAAAAGGCUUCACAGACUCGCAAAACUCUCAUCGAGGGAAAAAUGACUCACCCCCGAGCCAUCGUGCUGGAUCCUCUGCACGGGUGGAUGUACUGGACAGACUGGGAGGAGGACCCGAAGGAGAGCAAACGAGGCAGAAUAGAGCGUGCCUGGAUGGACGGCUCCAACAGGAAUGUGUUCCUGACCAGUAAAACGGUGCUGUGGCCCAACGGCCUGAGUCUGGACAUCCCACAGGGAAUCCUCUACUGGGUGGACGCCUUCUACGACCGCAUCGAGAUGGUCUAUCUGAACAGCUCCGAGCGCAAGACGGUGUACGAGGGUCAGGAACUGAACCACGCCUUUGGCCUGUGCCAUUAUAAACACUUCCUGUUCUGGAACGAGUACCGCAGUGGCAGCAUUUACAAGUUGGACACCACCACCGGCGUCGCCACUCUGCUGCGCGACGAGCGACCACCCAUCUUUGAAAUACGAAUGUACGACGCUCAGCAGCAGCAAGGCUCCAACACGUGUCGCGUCAACAAUGGAGGCUGCAGCAGUUUGUGUCUGGCCAUUCCAGACGGCCGACAGUGUGCCUGUGCCGAAGACCAGAUACUGGACCCGGCCGACAAUACCAGCUGCCAAGUGAACCCCUCUUACAUCCCUCCGCCCCAGUGCCAGCCUGGAGAGUUUGCCUGUAAGAACAACCGCUGCAUCCAGGAGCGCUGGAAGUGUGACGGAGACAACGACUGCCUGGACAACAGUGACGAGGCUCCGGAGCUGUGCCACCAGCACACUUGCCCCACGGACAGAUUUAAGUGUAAGAACAACCGCUGCAUCCCACUUCGCUGGCUGUGUGACGGGGACAACGACUGUGGGAACGACGAGGACGAGUCCAACACCACCUGUUCUGCACGUACCUGUCCACCUAAUCAGUACUCCUGUGCGAGUGGGCGCUGCAUCCCUCUUUCCUGGACAUGUGACCUGGACGAUGACUGUGGCGAUCGCUCGGACGAACCGGCCUCCUGUGCCUACCCUACGUGUUUCCCUCUCACCCAGUUUACCUGCAACAAUGGACGCUGCAUUAACAUAAACUGGCGCUGUGAUAAUGAUAAUGACUGCGGGGACAACAGUGAUGAGGCAGGAUGUAGUCACUCCUGCUCCAGCGCUCAGUUCAAAUGCAACAGUGGCCGCUGUAUACCGGAUUACUGGACCUGCGACGGCGAUAACGACUGUGGCGACUACAGUGACGAGACGAACGCAAACUGCACCAAUCAGGCCACACGUCCUCCCGGGGGGUGUCACACGGACGAGUUUCAAUGUCGAGUGGACGGCCUGUGCAUCCCCUUGCGGUGGCGCUGUGACGGUGACACCGACUGCAUGGACCUGAGUGAUGAAAAGAACUGUGAAGGUGUCACGCAUAUGUGUGAUCCAGCUGUCAAGUUUGGCUGCAGGGACUCUGCCCGCUGCAUCAGCAAAGCAUGGGUGUGCGACGGGGACAGUGACUGCGAGGACAACUCCGAUGAAGACAACUGUGAGGCGCUGGUGUGUAAGCGUUCUCACCACAUGUGUGCCAACGACUCCUCCAUCUGUCUGUCAACUGAGAAACUGUGCGACGGCAAAAACGAUUGUCCAGAUGGCACCGACGAGAAACUCUGCGACCUCUGCUCACUGGACAAUGGCGACUGCAGCCACAACUGCACGGUGGCCCCUGGUGAGGGUGUGAUCUGUUCCUGUCCACUGGGCAUGGAGUUAGGGCCCAACAACAAGACCUGCCAGAUCCAGAGCUUCUGUGCCAAACACCUCAUGUGCAGUCAGCGCUGUGAACAGGACAAGUUCAGUGUCAAAUGCUCAUGUUAUGAGGGCUGGGAACUGGAGCCUGACAUGGAGAACUGCAAGAGCACAGAUCCCUUCAAGCCCUUCAUCAUCUUCUCCAACCGCCACGAGAUUCGCCGCAUUGAUCUGAAUAAGGGAGAGUUCAGUGUGUUGGUGCCAGGCCUCAGGAACACCAUAGCUCUAGAUUUCCAUCUAAGCCAAAGCGCCCUCUACUGGACGGAUGUGGUGGAGGAUAAGAUCUUUCGUGGCAAGUUGUCUGAGAAUGGAGCCUUGACCAGCUACGAUGUCGUAAUCCAGUACGGCCUGGCCACCCCUGAGGGUCUGGCAGUGGACUGGAUAGCAGGGAACAUUUACUGGGUGGAAAGCAACCUGGAUCAGAUCGAAGUAGCCAAACUGGACGGCACCAUGAGGACGACACUGCUGGCUGGGGACGUGGAGCACCCUCGAGCCAUCGCCCUCGAUCCUCGGGAUGGGAUCCUCUUCUGGACAGACUGGGAUGCGAGCUUGCCAAGAAUCGAAGCAGCGUCCAUGAGUGGAGAAGGCAGGAAGACAAUCCACAAAGAAACAGGCAACGGAGGCUGGCCCAACGGACUCACCGUUGAUUACCUGGAACGACGGAUCCUCUGGAUCGAUGCCAGAUCUGACGCCAUCUACUCAGCCAAAUAUGACGGUUCUGGACUCAUUGAGGUACUGAGGGGUCACGAGUAUCUGUCCCAUCCCUUUGCGGUCACCAUGUACGGAGGAGAGGUUUACUGGACGGACUGGAGGACCAACACGCUGGCCAAGGCCAACAAAUGGACCGGGAGUAACGUCACUGUCGUUCAGAGGACCAACACUCAACCUUUUGACCUGCAGGUCUACCAUCCAUCCAGACAGCCACAGGCUCCAAACCCAUGUGCAGCUAAAGACGGCAAAGAUCCCUGUUCUCACCUGUGUCUCAUCAACUACAACCAGACGUUCUCCUGUGCCUGUCCUCACCUCAUGAAACUGGGUCCUGACAAAUGUACCUGCUACGAGUCUCGUCAGUUUCUGCUCUACGCUCGCCAGAACGAGAUCAGAGGAGUGGACAUCGACAACCCGUACUACAACUACAUUAUCUCCUUCACUGUGCCUGACAUCGAUAACGUGACGGCAGUGGACUAUGACGCUCUGGAGCAUCGUAUCUACUGGUCAGACGUCCGGACUCAGACCAUCAAGAGAGCGUUCAUCAACGGCACCGGGGUUGAGACCGUGGUCGCCUGUGAUCUGCCCAAUGCCCAUGGCCUGGCUGUGGACUGGGUUUCCAGAAACCUGUUCUGGACCAGCUAUGACGCCAACAAGAAACAGAUCAAUGUUGCCAGAUUGGACGGCUCCUUCAAAAAUGCUGUCAUACAGGGACUGGACAAACCACACUGCCUGGUGCUGCAUCCAAUACUAGGGAAACUCUACUGGACAGAUGGAGAUAACAUCAGCAUGGCCAACACAGAUGGCAACAACCGCUCCGUCCUCUUCACAAACCAAAAGGGCCCUGUCGGUCUCUCGAUUGACUUUGACACCGAGCAGCUUUACUGGAUCAGCUCAGGCAACAGCACCAUCAACCGCUGCAAACUGGACGGCUCUGGGCUGGAGGUGCUGGAAGGUGUCAAGGGCAAACUGACCAAGGCCACCGCCCUGGCCAUCAUGGGUGAAAAGCUUUGGUGGGCAGACCAAGGAACAGAUCAAAUAGGAACCUGUAACAAGAAGGACGGAGGAAACUGGAAAGUCCUGAGAAACAGCACGUCCCCCAUGAUGCACAUGAAAAUCUACAACGAAACUGUGCAAAAAGGCACCAAUCUCUGCAGUAAUAACAAUGGAGACUGCUCCCAGCUGUGUCUUCCCACCUCUCCAACAACCCGAGUCUGCAUGUGCACAGCAGGAUACAGCCUACGUCGAGGAAAGCAGUCUUGUGAGGGAGUUGGUUCUUUCCUGUUGUAUUCUGUGCAUGAGGGCAUUCGUGGUAUUCCAUUGGACCCCUCAGAUAAGUCUGACGCCCUCGUACCAGUCUCCGGCACAUCGUUAGCCGUUGGCAUCGACUUCCAUGCUGAUAAUGAUACUAUCUACUGGGUUGAUAUGGGCUUGAGCACUAUAAGCAGGGCCAAGAGAGACCAGACCUGGAGAGAAGACGUUGUCACUAAUGGCAUUGGCAGAGUGGAGGGUAUUGCUGUUGACUGGAUAGCAGGAAACAUCUACUGGACAGACCAAGGGUUUGAUGUGAUUGAGGUGGCCAGGUUGAACGGCUCCUUCCGCUACGUCGUCAUCUCACAGGGCCUGGACAAGCCUCGUGCCAUCACCGUUCAUCCUGAGAAAGGAUAUCUGUUCUGGACAGAGUGGGGUCAGUAUCCCCGCAUCGAGCGCUCUCGACUGGACGGCUCCCAGAGGGUUGUUCUGGUCAACGUCAGCAUCAGCUGGCCUAAUGGCAUCUCCAUUGACUAUGAGGAAGGGCUGCUGUACUGGUGUGAUGCCAGAACUGACAAGAUUGAGCGCAUCAACCUGGAAACUGGGGACAACAGAGAAGUGGUUCUUGCCAAUAACAACAUGGACAUGUUCUCUGUGUCUGUGUUUGAGAGCUACAUUUACUGGAGUGACAGAACUCACGCAAACGGCUCCAUAAAGAGAGGCAACAAGGACAAUGCCACCGAGUCUGUGUCUCUAAGGACUGGCAUAGGCGUGCAGUUAAAAGACAUCAAGGUUUUCAACAGGGCCAGGCAACAAGGAACCAAUGCUUGCAAAAAGGAGAAUGGCGGAUGCCAGCAGCUGUGUCUUUACCGUGGACACGGGAAGCGUACUUGUGCAUGUGCCCACGGCAUGUUGGCUGAGGAUGGCCAAGCCUGCCGCGACUACGACGGCUACCUCCUUUAUUCAGAACGCACCAUACUGAAGAGCGUGCAUCUGUCGGACGAGAACAACCUCAACGCACCCAUAAAACCGUUUGAAGACCCCGAACACAUGAAGAACGUCAUCGCGCUCACCUUUGACUACAGAGGAGGAGGAGGGAAGGGAGCCAACCGCAUCUUCUUCAGCGACAUCCACUUUGGUAACAUCCAGCAGAUCAGCGAUGACGGAUCUGACCGCAAGACUGUAGUAGAGAAUGUUGGCUCUGUGGAGGGCUUAGCAUACCACAGAGGGUGGAAUAUGCUCUACUGGACGAGCUACACAACCUCCACAAUCACCCGCCACACUGUGGAUAAGAGACGCUGGGGGGGCGUUGACCGGCACACAGUGGUCACCAUGUCAGGGGACGACCACCCCAGAGCAUUUGUUCUUGAUGAGUGCCAAAGCCUCAUGUUCUGGACCAAUUGGAAUGAGCAGUCUCCCAGUAUCAUGCGUGCCACAUUAACUGGUUCCAACGUCAUUGUGAUCAUUGGCACUGACAUCAGAACUCCCAACGGCCUGGCCAUAGACCACCGUGCCGAAAAACUGUACUUCUCCGACGCCACACUGGACAAGAUAGAGCGCUGCGAGUAUGACGGCACUCGCCGAUAUGUGGUGCUGAAGAAUGAACCAGUCCAUCCCUUCGGCCUAGCUGUCUAUGGCGACUACAUCUUCUGGACCGAUUGGGUCCGCAGGGCUGUGCUCCGAGCUGACAAAUUCACCGGUGGAGAGAUGAAGGUGCUGCGGGCCGACAUCCCUCAGCAACCAAUGGGUAUCGUCGCAGUGGCCAAUGACACUAACAGCUGUGAGUUCUCCCUCUGCCGCGUUAACAAUGGAGGAUGUCAGGAUCUGUGCCUGCUGACCUCCGAGGGAAGGGUCAACUGCAGCUGUCGGGGUGACAGGAAACUUUUGGAGGACAACACCUGCAUAGCGAUCAACACCACAUGUAACUACAUCGAUGAGUUUGAGUGUGGAAAUGGAGAUUGUGUUAACUACAACCUGACCUGUGACGGCGUUCCUAACUGCAAGGACAAGUCUGAUGAAAAACAGUCCUACUGCGCCAACCGGUUGUGUAAGAAGGGCUACAAACGAUGCACAAAUAGUCGCUGUGUGGUCCAUCGAUCCUGGUGUAAUGGACAGGAUGACUGUGGAGACAAUUCUGAUGAACUUUUCUGCAACACCACACUGUGCACAGCCGAUCAAUUCCAAUGCAGGGAUGGAAGCUGCAUCACUAACUCCAGCAAGUGUAACCAGAAGGUGGACUGUGAGGACGCCAGUGAUGAGAUGUACUGCUCUGCCACGGACUGUUCCAGUUACUUCCACCUGGGUGUGAAGGGAGUGACAUUUCAGAAGUGCGAGUUCACUACACUCUGCUUCGCUCCAUCAUGGCAGUGUGACGGUGCUAAUGACUGUGGAGACUUCUCUGACGAAUUAAACUGCCCAGGAAGGAAGAAAAUGAACUGUAACACCACUUACUUUGCCUGUCCCAGUGGACGCUGCAUCCCUCUGAGUUGGACCUGUGAUAAGGAGAACGACUGUGAGAACGGUGCAGACGAGGCUCACUGCGAUAAGUUUUGCUCAGCCUCUCAAUUUGAGUGUGGGAACCAUCGCUGUAUUCCCGAACGCUGGGUGUGCGACGGAGCCGACGACUGUGGCGACAGCAGUGACGAGGGCGUCCAGUGCAAGUCUAAAACCUGCAACACCGAGGCGUUUCAGUGUCCGGGGGUACACGUCUGUAUCCCUCGACUUUGGAUGUGUGAUGGGGACAAAGACUGUCCAGAUGGCGCUGAUGAGAGUGUCAAGGCUGGCUGUAUGUUCAACAACACAUGCAGCAGCAACGAGUUCAUGUGCCAGAACCGUCAGUGUAUUCCCAAGCACUUUGUGUGUGACCAUGACAACGACUGCAGCGACGGCUCAGAUGAGUCCCAGGAGUGCGAAUAUCCAACAUGUGGACCCAACGAGUUCCGCUGUGCCAACGGGCGCUGUCUCAUCCAAAGUUCGUGGGAGUGUGAUGGAGACUUUGACUGCCACGACCACUCAGACGAAGCACCCAAAAACCCACGCUGCACUGGCGUUGAGAAAAAAUGCAACGACACGGCCUACGCGUGCAAAAAUGGAAACUGUGUCAAUGAGACGUUGCUGUGUGACCAUAAGGACGACUGCGGCGACGGCUCUGAUGAGCUGAACUGCUUCAUCAACGAGUGCCUGAACAGUAAAAUGAGCGGCUGCUCUCAGCUCUGUGAAGACCUGAAAAUAGGCUUCAAGUGUCGAUGCCAUCCAGGCUUCCGCCUGAAAGACGACGGAAAGACGUGUGUGGACAUCGACGAGUGCACCACCACCUACCCCUGCACGCAGCGAUGCAUCAACUCACACGGCAGCUUCCACUGCCUCUGUGUGGAGGGAUUUGAGCUCAGCUCUGUGAACCCCACCAUAUGCAAAUCCACCUCCGAUGAGGAACCCUUCCUCAUCUUUGCCAACCGGUAUUACCUCAGAAAGCUCAACCUGGAUGGAUCCAACUACACGCUGAUCAAACAGGGCUUGAACAACGCCGUGGCGCUGGACUUUGACUACAGGCAGCAGAUGAUUUACUGGACAGAUGUGACCACACAGGGCAGCAUGAUACGCCGCAUGCACAUCAACGGCAGCGAUGUUCAGGUCCUUCAUCGUACGUCGCUCAGCAACCCAGACGGUCUGGCCGUGGACUGGGUGGGAGGAAACCUGUACUGGUGUGAUAAGGGACGGGACACUAUUGAGGUGUCAAAGCUGAAUGGAGCCUACAGGACAGUGCUGGUCAACAGCGGCCUGAGGGAGCCACGUGCUGUGGCAGUGGACGUACGCUACGGGUUUUUAUACUGGUCCGACUGGGGUGACAGCCCCCACAUCGGAAGGAUUGGAAUGGACGGAACCAACAGGACGGUGAUUGUGGAGGAUAAGAUCACAUGGCCCAACGGUCUCACACUGGACUUCAUCAAUGACCGCAUUUACUGGGCUGACGCCCGGGAGGACUAUAUAGCAUUUGCCAGCCUGGAUGGCUCCAGCAGGCACAUAGUGCUGACUCAGGAUAUUCCUCACAUCUUUGCCAUGACACUCUUCGAGGAGUACAUUUACUGGACAGACUGGGAGACGAAGUCCAUCAACAGAGCUCACAAGACCCUGGGAGUCAACAAGACCAUGCUCAUCAACACCUUACACCGGCCCAUGGACGUCCACAUUUAUCACCCGUACCGCCAGCCCGAAGUGGCUGACCACCCAUGUCAAGUAGACAACGGAGGCUGCAGUAACCUGUGUUUGCUCUCUCCCGGAGGAGGCUACAAGUGCGCCUGUCCCACUAAUUUCUACCUUGCGGCGGACGGCAAACAGUGCUUGUCCAACUGCACCGCAAGUCAGUUUGUUUGUAAAAAUGACAAAUGCAUUCCCUUCUGGUGGAAGUGUGACACCGAAGACGACUGUGGCGAUCGCUCCGAUGAGCCCGCGGACUGCCCUGAGUUUAAAUGCAGACCAGGCCAGUUCCAGUGUGGCACCGGCAUCUGCACCAACCCCGCCUACAUCUGUGACGGAGACAACGACUGUCAGGACAACUCAGACGAGGCCAACUGUGAUAUCCACGUGUGCCUGCCCAGUCAGUUUAAAUGUACUCACCCCAGUCGCUGCAUCCCCGGAAUCUUCCGUUGUAAUGGACAGGACAACUGCGGAGAGGGAGAGGAUGAGAAAGACUGCCCCGAAGUUACCUGCGCCCCCAACCAGUUCCAGUGUGCCAUCAGCAAACGCUGCAUCCCACGGGUGUGGGUGUGUGACAGGGACAACGACUGCGUGGAUGAAUCUGAUGAACCUGCCAACUGCACUCAAAUGACAUGUGGCGUAGAUGAGUUUCGUUGUAAGGACUCAGGGCGCUGCAUACCAGCGCGGUGGAAGUGCGACGGCGAGGAUGACUGUGGAGACGCCUCAGAUGAACCCAAGGAGGAGUGUGACGAGAGGACAUGUGAGCCGUACCAGUUCCGCUGUAAGAACAACCGCUGCGUGCCUGGACGUUGGCAGUGUGACUAUGACAAUGACUGUGGAGACAACUCUGACGAGGACAAGUGUGUGCCACGGCAGUGUUCAGAGAGCGAGUUCUCCUGCACCAAUGGUCGCUGCAUUGCCGGGCGAUGGAAGUGUGACGGGGACCAUGAUUGUGCCGACGGUUCAGACGAGAACGGCUGCGAUGUGAAGUGUGACAGCGAUCAGUUCCAGUGCAAGAACGGCCACUGCAUCCCCUUCCGCUGGCGCUGUGACGCCGAUGCAGACUGCAUGGACGGCAGCGACGAGGAGAAAUGCGACACUGGUGUGGGCAGAUACUGCCCCCUGGACGAGUUUCAGUGCAAUAACACUCUGUGCAAGCCUCUGGGCUGGAAGUGUGAUGGUGAGGACGACUGUGGAGACAACUCUGAUGAGAACCCAGAGGAGUGUGUGAAAUUCCAGUGUCCACCCAUGAGACAGUUCCGCUGUCGUAAUGACCGCGUGUGUCUGCCCUUGUCCAAACGCUGCGAUGGAGUCAACAACUGUGGAGACAACAGUGAUGAGCUUGAAUGCUCGCCUCCUUCCCCUCCAGCGUGUCAGAAGGAUGAGUUCCAGUGUUCCAGUGGACGCUGCAUUAACUCGGUGCUUCGCUGUAACUUCUUUAACGACUGUGAGGAUUAUGGCUCUGACGAAAUGAAUUGCAAUAAAAAAGACACAACACUGAACGAAUGCCGCAGCAACCGGACCCUGUGUGGAGACGGAGACGAGGCUCACUGUGUGGUCAACGGCACUAACUCCUUCUGUUCCUGCAAACCCGGCUUCGCGGCCAAAGGACGAAACAGAUGUGAAGAUAAGAACGAGUGUCAACAGUUCGGAGCGUGUUCCCACAUCUGUAACAACACCAAGGGUUCAUACAAGUGCAGCUGCCACAAACACUUCACCAGAAUCAAUGACACCUGCAAGGCUGACACCCAAAGGCAGGUUCUCUAUAUCGCGGACGACAAUGAAAUACGGAGCCUGGACCCGUCGAUGCCAAACUGGCGCUACGAGCAGAUCUUCCAGGGCGAUGCAAAUGUGCGCAUCGACGCCAUGGACCUUCACAUCAAGACGAACCAGAUUUACUGGACUAACUGGCACACGGGACGCAUCUCCUCCUACGAGCUGCCCUCCACCUCCUCUUUCUCCAACAGCAAUCGCAACAGACGACAGACUGAGUCACAUGUCACGCACUUGGAAAUCCCUGAUCUGAAGAUGCCCCGUGGCAUUGCCGUGGACUGGGUGGCAGGAAAUCUGUACUGGACAGACUCGGGUCGUGAUGUCAUCGAGGUUGCCCAGUUGGGUGGCGGACGCCAUCGCAAAACCCUCAUUUCUGGCAUGAUUGAUGAGCCUUAUGCCAUUGUUGUCGACCCGCAGAGAGGGAAGAUGUACUGGGCAGACUGGGGCAACCAUCCAAAGAUUGAAACAGCAGCUAUGGAUGGAACCAUGAGAGAAACACUGGUGGAGGAGAACAUCCAGUGGCCGACCGGUCUGGCCGUGGACUACUUCAACGAGCGUCUGUACUGGGCCGACGCUAAACUGUCCUUGAUCUGCAGCGUGAGGCUGAACGGCAGCGAUGCAGUCGUGGCUGCAAACAGCAUCAAAAACAAAGUCCACCAUCCCUUCAGCAUUGACGUGUUCGAAGACUACGUCUACGGGGUCACCUACAUCAACAACUACGUCUUCAGAGUGAAUAAAUUUGGCAAAGGUCCCAUUGAGAACCUGACAACCGGCAUGAACCACGCCACAGAUAUAGUUCUGUAUCACCGCUACAAGCAGCCAGAGAUUACAAACCCCUGUGACAGGAAGAAAUGUGAGUGGCUGUGUCUGCUGAGCCCCAGUGGACCGGUCUGCACCUGUCCAAACGGACGCACACUGGACAACGGCACAUGUGUGGAGCUGCCCACUCCCACACUGUCUCCUGUCUCUCCCCCUAGUGGUCCAUGCCUGGUGCAGUGUAUGAACGGUGGCAGCUGCUUCCUCAACGCCCACAAACAGCCCAAAUGUCGUUGUCAGCCCAACUACGGAGGGGAACGAUGUGAGAUCGACCAGUGCAGAGACUACUGCAAGAACGGAGGCACAUGCACACCGUCCCCUUCAGGAACUCCCACUUGUCGAUGCCUGACGGGCUUCACUGGACCAAACUGUAACCUGCACACGUGUAAGAAUUAUUGCAAGAAUGGAGGCAACUGCACAGUCAGUGCUGGGAAUCAGCCGUCCUGCCAGUGUCCUGCUGAGUUCCUGGGUGAAAAGUGCCAGUACAGAGGCUGUGAAGGCCACUGCCUGAACAAAGGCACGUGUCUUCUGAGUGAGAACGGCUCCAAGCUGUGCCGCUGUCCGCCUCAGUUCAUGGGCAGCACAUGUGAAAUUGACAAAUGCCACUAUUGUCGUGACGGCGAGUGCAUCCCCAGCAGCAGCUACUUUUCUGCGGGGCAGUUCACCUGUCGCUGCGCAAACGGCCGAGUCCAGCCCAGCUGUUACACAUGUGACACAAAUGAGUACUGUGCUAACGGCCAGUGCUCCCUAAACUCCCUCACCCGCCUCCCGGAGUGCAGAUGCUCACCGGGCUGGUCUGGACACCGCUGUGAAUCUGUGGAUGAAGAAGGUUCCUCAGCUUCAGGCGGACGCACGGCCUCCAUCGUGAUCCCUGUGCUUCUCCUGCUGCUGCUGGUCCUGCUGGCUGGAGGAGCAAUGUUCUGGUACAAGAAGAGGAUGAGAGGGUCUAGCCGGCACGGCAAAACCGGCUCCAGACACUUGCGGGCCAAGGGCUUCCAGCACCAAAGGAUGACCAACGGGGCCAUGAAUGUGGAGAUCGGGAACCCCGCCUACAAAAUCUAUGAGGGUGAGCCUGACGACGACGCUGGCGAGCUGCUGGACGCAGACUUCACACUGGACCCAGAUAAGCCCACUAACUUCACCAACCCAGUGUACGCCACUCUGUACAUGGGAGGACACAACAGCCGUAACUCUCUGGCCAGCACAGAUGAGAAGAAGGAGUUACUAUGUCGUGGGGACGAGGAGCCCCUCGUGGACCCGCUGACAUAGACUGUCCAUCUGUCCAUCACGCUAUUCCAAACAAAACCCCUUUCUUGCCUUUGAAUAUAUAUAUACGUACAUAUAUAUAUAUAAAAAGAAGUGCAACAAAAAUUGAUGAUAAAAAGUGUGAGAGAAAAUUGAUUGAAAAAGAAGUGUGAACACUGUAUAAAAUGUACAAAAUGAAGGACUACUUUUGUAUGUGAUUGCAGUAUUAUAUUUUGUUCUUUUGAGAUUCCUUCUGAUCAAAAAUGAUUAACAUUUUCUAUGAGAGAUUUUUAAUUUACACUCUGUCCCUUACCCUUUACCCAAAUAGCCACUACCUCUGUGCAAAAUGAAAUGGAAACAUGAAAAAUCAGAAGAAAAGAUGCUAUCAUUGAAGCAAUUUUAACUUUUUAUUUUUGUAUGAAUUGUAUAGAAAAGAAAAAAAAACCUUGUUCCAUUUCACCAGUGCCAACUGUUUGUUGUUUGUGUUGACUUUGAGCGGGGAGGGCAGAAAGCUAAGUUUUUCCUAAAUGGUACAUACGUAUGUGGUGAGACAGAUUCGUGAUUGCGCCGGUUGUGUACAGCACAUGUAAAAUGUUCAUACAGUACCUGGUGGUAACUGCAGUAAUCCCACGUUGUUUUUUUUCUCAGUGAACAAUGUUCAUGAAAUGAUUGUGUUGUCUUCCUUGCACAGAAUAUCACGUUUUAUGGUAUUGUGUAUAAUGUAGGCUUUUUUUGUUGUUGUUGUUUUGUUUGUUUGUUGUUACCCUAAAAUGUAAAGCCGCUAGUUUGAUUUUCUUACUUUGUUUGUCAGGUGAAGCUUGUGAAGCUUAGAGAAAGAGAAUUUUGGCGAUGAAGUGAAGAGAGAAUGAGAAAGUUUGUGCUGUGUUAAACAUUCCAUGUAUCUGAUGGUGGUGGGCGGAGACCAGACGUGCAGAAAUACUAGUGCAGAUGAAUGGCCUUAUUUGUGGGUAGGUUACUUGAAGGGCCUUAGCAGGUAAACACAAUUAGCUGUCUGCUACGGAGCUCUUCCUCCAGGAGGAAACAGAAGUGGCAAUAAUGGUAAAAAAAAAAAAUGAAGAGGAGACAUUAUUAAAGUCGGGUUUUAUGUCUAUUUCUCCAUUACUCUGUAAAAAACCACAUAACAUUCGUCCGGCUGUGUAGCUUUAUCUUGUUACUCUAUGAGGAUUAACGUUGUGUACGUCGACAGUUUUGUAUUGACUUGGUCUUAGGUUCGUAUUAUCCUCAACAGUUACCUGUUCUUACCCAGCUCUCUCUCUCUCUCUCUGGUCUCUCCUGCUCCGCCCCGCUGCUGCUAAACGCUGCCACCCUGGACGCUCUGACACAUCCUUACACUUAAGCCUAGCUUAUGCUCGACGCUAAGUACGAGAAAUACGGAACCCGGGUUCGUCAAACUCGCAAGUUGGUACGUUUUCUGAGACUUUGCGGAUUACAGGAAACGGAGCAGUACCACUAGAGACCGUGGGGGCAGUGUUGCGAGAAAACUCACACGAGCGCCCAUAAAAAGAACAGCAACAAUAUGAUAGAAGACAGAAUAACGAUAAUCUACAUACCGCGCUAUAUUUAUUGUCCGCCCAGACCAACUUUCGUCUCCUGCGCUGCCCUUGUUAAGACAAAUCUUUUUCUGAACAUGAACAUUAUCGUGACUUCCUCCACCGUCGCCUCCAAAUUGACACCAAACCGGAAAUGCAUUCGGACCUCGGCACUUUCCCCUAGUCUAGUGGAUGUAUUGCUUACAAACCAUAUCCAACUUAAGGUGUUUAGUUUUGUUUUUUAAUUGGCGUCAAGCUGGCAUUUUUUGUCAGUAUCCAAAAUAAAAAAGUAAGAAAUUGAGAAAUAAAAUGAACUGUAAAUACAAUUAAAACGCAAUAGCACAAAUAAAACAGUGACGUAUUUACGUACUGUAUGUAAACAGAGCAUAAGCUAGGCUUUACCCUCUCUCCAAAAAUGCUGCUUCUGUCAGAAAUGUGUCAGCCAUAUCUGAAUGCAUGUGAAAAGUUCACAUUUUUUAACACGUCAAUAACUUUUUCUUUUCAAUUCUGCUUACCCGUCAGCGCACGACCCUUCUGCUGUUGCAUAUGUUGUGUCUUUAAUUGAGAGACGUACAAUCAUUUUACCUAAAGGACAUUUUUGCAAAAAUCAUACGUGCAUUUCCAGACUUUUUGAUUAGUCCAUUUUUUAAAACAGAAAUGACACAUAGCUUUUGUAGUACUCAAUGCAUGGAGGCUCAGACUUUUUCCUGGAAAGAGACUAAUGUUUAAUUUUUGCUGGAGUACUUUACAGACAAAAUAACAGAUAUUGUGAUAAAUAAAAUUUUAAAACUUGUACAGAAGA